AUGGCACAGUACACCACCAACUUCGUUUCAGCUGACGGACUCGACAUUUUCUACCGUUCUUCGGGGCCCCAGAACCCUUCAACAUCUGUGGUCCUUCUACUCCAUGGAUUUCCCAGCUCCUCUCACCAAUAUCGGCAUUUAAUUCCCCUCCUCAGUACCGGUUCGAACAAUAAAUAUCGAAUCGUCGCUCCUGAUCUUCCCGGUUUCGGCUUCACCAAAGUCCCUACAAGCCGCAACUAUGUCUAUACCUUUGAGAACCUCUCUAAAAGUCUAGAAGCCUUUCUUGAUGCUCUCAAAAUCGAAAAGUUUAGCAUGUACGUUUUUGAUUACGGCGCACCCACCGGCUACCGCCUCGCAUUACGCAGACCAGGCGGCAUUCAAGCAAUCAUCACCCAAAAUGGUAAUGCAUAUGACGACGGCCUCAGCGCAUUCUGGGACACCCUUCGUCCGUAUUGGAAAAGCGGAAGCUCGGAGGAUAAAGACCGCGUGCGAGCUGGAGUCCUCACUCUCGAGGCAACGGAGUGGCAAUACACCCACGGAACUAAUCCGUCCAAAAUAGCUCCUGAAGCACCUUUUCUCGACUACGCGCUAAUUUCUAGACCGGGUAAUGAUGAGGUUCAACUCGCAUUGUUUUAUGACUACCAGAAGAAUGUGGAACUAUAUCCGAAUUUCCAGGGGUAUUUCAGAAGCUCGAAAGUGCCCAUCCUGGCGGUUUGGGGAAAGAAUGAUGAGAUAUUUUUACCCGAGGGUGCUGAAGCCUUCAAGAGAGAUGGCGGGGAGAAAGUUGAGGUGAAGUUACUGGAUGCGGGACAUUUUGCAGUGGAGAGUAAUGCGGAAGAGAUUUCGAAGCUAAUGUUGGAAUUUUUGAAGAGGAAUGGUAUCUAG